UCUUCACCUCUCUCCAGGUUUCAAACCUCUCUAUUGUCGCCUCUCCUGUUUACUUUUUCUAAGUAUAUCAUCAUCUUUAUCAUUUCUUCUUCUUCAUUUUACCUGCAACUUUUAUGGAGGUUUGUCCUGCAAGCUCUUUGGAGUUAACCAUAUCUGUACCUGGCUUCUCAUCAUCUCCAUCUCUUCUGUCCUCCGGAGAAGGCAGUGGUCUAAUGAGAGACUUGGACAUAAACCAAGUACCCAAUGGAGGCCCUUCCAGAAAGAAACUCCGUCUCACUAAGGAACAGUCUCGUUUCCUUGAAAAAAGCUUCAAACAAAACCACACCUUGAACCCUAAAGAGAAGGAGGCUUUGGCGAUACAAUUGAGACUAAAGCCAAGGCAAGUUGAGGUCUGGUUUCAAAACCGUAGAGCAAGGGGCAAGCUGAAGCACACAGAAAUGGAAUGCCAGUACUUAAAGAGAUGGUAUGGUUCACUAACUGAACAAAGCAGGAGGCUACAAAAGGAGUUAGAAGAGCUAAGGGCAAUGAAAGUAGGCCCGCCCACCAUGAUAUCUCCGCACAGUCGAGUGCCCCUUCCGGCAUCCACCCUCACCAUGUGCCCCCGGUGUGAGCGCGUUACCACCACCAUCCCAGACAAGGGCCCAUCGAAAACCACCACCACCACCACCCCCGCAACCAACCCCGCCACCUUGUCUGCCAAAGUGCCCAUCCUUCCCUCCCGACACACUUCAACAACAUAUUAGUCAGUAACUCGUAAUAUAAUGUCUCCCUGCACAAAAAAGGGAAUGAUUAGGCAAUGUUCAUAGUAGUGGUAGUAGUUCCUAUAUACAGUAAGUCAUAAUGUAAUGUCUCCCUCAGUCCCUGGAAAAAGGGAAUGAUUUGAAAAUGUUCCUAGUU